ACAUAGCGCGGGUGCAUCUUUCAGUACAACACCGGAAGUGCCGCAGCUCCCAGGCUCGUGUCCUGUCCCACAGCGGCUCCCAGUGCUUUUCAUCAGAGCCGAAAGCGGUCACACCUGGUCGGACCCAGAAGAGCAGUUGGAAGCCGCUCCGCUCCGUCCAGCUCCAGAGGUAAUCGCGUGAGGAAUGUGGUGUCACCAGGGAGCUGCCGAGUAAACUCACGUCUGUGCGCCUCUCCACCUCAAGUUAACUCCAGAAUCAAACAAACAAAUAAUUACACAUCAAGGGAUCCUCAUGGCCACGGGCGGAUUUAAGUCGAACCCAACCACAAACAUCCUGGAGGAGUGGAAGGCGAAACGCGAGAAAGUCAGGGCGAAAAUGCUGGGUGACAUCGCUGCAGCCACCGGAGUUCCCUUGAGCCCCAGCGCCAACAACCGCCUGGGAGCUCCUCCCGGCGCGGACCUCACCGGCAGCCCGGACUGGAGCGCCUCUGCUGCGAACUGCCACACCCCCUCCUGCCCCGGCGUAGCUCCGAGCAGACCCGAGGAGGACGCGCACCACCCCGCGGCACCCUCAGCCCCGGCGAGCAACCUGAAGAAGGCCCCGCCUCAGCCAGACAAGGCUCCGGGCGCGUCCCCGGACUCCAGUCUGAUGGCUUGCAACGCCAGCGACAAGGAGAGUCCGUCACCCAGCAAGGGCAAGGAGAAGAAGAGCUCUGGUCCCAGUGCACGGAAGGGGAAAGGGAAGGGGCAGAUCGAGAAGAGGAAGCUAAGGGAAAAGAGGAGAUCAACAGGUGUGGUGAACAUACCUUCCAACGAGAGCCUGGAUGAGCUGGACGAUGACGAUGACACGGGGGUGAAGGACAGAAGGGACGAAGACGAGCUGGUCCUAGCCAACACGUUCCAUAAUGAGGCCAUGACAGCCGACCCCGCUGCUGGAUACAUACUGGACACCCCCAGAUCUGGAAGUGGGCGCCACAAGAGCUCUGCAGCACAGGGGUCAGAGGAGGAGGCGGGUGGGAACAACCUACAGCGACGCCACCGUCACGGCAGAGAUGGAGGACCUGGAGGUCUGGAGAAAAGGCUGGAGGAGCUGGAGAAGGAGCUGGCGUGGGAGCGCCAGGAGAAUGCCAGGAUGCUGAAGGACAAAGAUGAUCUGAUCGGGAAGCUAAAGGAGGAAAUUGACUUGCUGAACAGAGACCUGGACGACAUCGAAGAUGAGAACGAGCAGCUCAAGCAGGAGAACAAGACCCUGCUGAAAGUCGUGGGUCAGCUGACAAGGUAGAGCCACUCCGCACGACCCGGACGUGGCGCGACAAGCCCGACCUGCCACCUGACGUCCUGAGCGUUGGCCUUGUUUCUGUUUGGUGUGGUGUGGGCGAGACGUUGACCUGAGAGGCCGGAGCUGUGUGGUGGGGAUUGUCUGUCAUCCUACGCAUAUUUAAUGUAAAUGUCUUGUACAUAGGCAUUAGAUUCUUAUUCCUGUCGAGGGUUUAAAAAUGAAAAAUGAAAUGAAUGUAUGUGCUGCAACAACACGCACCGGGAAACGACGUCCUGAGGAUCAAAUCCAGGCUCUCUGCACAUCUAGUCCCGUUAAACGAUGUUCGAAUUACGUCUCCAUCACCGCCACAGUACCAGCAGCCAAAGGGGCCUCAGCGCCUUGCAUCUCAUCAGACUUCUCCUUUUGUUUCAAUUCUUUGUGUAAUUGUCGAAAUCACUAAAGCCUGGUGCUUUAUUAAGGAUCUCUUUCCAGAUUGAUCUACUUCUGAUAACUUCUUGGUACAUUUCAGUCCAACGAGAGCAUCUGAGUCUAAAGAAAGAUGUAAAUACGUUCUAUGAAAGUAAAGAUGGUUUUAUGGAUUAAAUGCUUUAUGCGUCAUUGUUAGCAUCUUGUUUACAAGUUACCACGGUGUUGGAACGGCUUCCAGCGCAGCCACUUGUCUUUUAUGAUAACCAAAUGAACUAAAGGAAGCUGAUAUUUGAAAUGAAUCUCUUCCGUUUACUCGAGGGGCCUAGCUGCUUGGGCUCGGAUCGUUUCAUUCCUCCUGCGCCGCGCCGGCAGAUCUUUAGUCUGCUGCACGCUCACACAUUUUGGGGUGAAGAUCAGCCCCUUGCAGACGAGCAUCUCAGACCUUUCUCUCUUUCCAUUACAUUAUGCAUGUACAGAAGAUUAAGACAUUUAAUAAAAGUUUGAUUAUCGCACUCCUCA